AUGUUUAAUAGACAAGACAAGCCCAAAGUAAUUAUUCCAAAGAAAAAAAAGAAAAAGACGACGCUUGAUAUUGAACUAACUGCUGAAGGAGAGAUUAAAAUCAGCUAAAAUUAGGAAACUGUCUUUGAAAAGUAAUCAAUUGAGGAGCAACUAAGAAAAUCCAUGUAAAAUAGUUAGUUUGCAGGCAAGUUAACUGAAGAGGAAGUAGAGUAGCAGAAGAACAUUGAGAAUGCAAUUAAAUUGAGACAAGAAAAAGCGAAAGCGACUGAUUUUUACUAUCUUUUGGAAUAAGUCAAUGAUCGAAUUCAUAUGUACAAGUCAAUAUUUUUUGACAAAAAGCCUAGAUAUCUUAUUGACUAUCAAGAGGAGCUGAAGAAAAAGAAGAUUAUCACAGUCAAUGAUAGCUUAGAAGGAUCAAUCGAUAGAAAGACGAUAGAUGAUGAAAGGAAGCUUAGGAAUGAGCACAGGAAGAAUAAAUAGGAUGCUAUUUAUGAAAGCCUAAGUACACCUAGAUUAAAGCAAAAGUAAAGGAAAUAGACUUUAAAAAAGACAGGAAGUAAUUAUGAUAGUGCUAUCUAGAUACAGACUAUGAAACUACCAACUAUGUAGCAUACACUACUUGGAGGAGACUUGCUGUAUAAUAUGAGAUCAACCUUACCAAGAGUCAAAGAGAGCAGCACAUCUACAGUUGUUGACGAUCAACUAGAUAAUAUGAUACUCAAUAGACAGUCAACAUUCGGCGAAGAACCUGACUCUAAAGGAAAUAAAAAGGGUAAUAAAUAAGGCGGAAUGGAUAUUUUAAAUGACUCCUAAAUAUUAGUUCAUAAGAAUGAUAUCAGCUAUUUAAGUAAAAUGAGAAGUGGGUCUUUACCUUAUCUUAAGAAAUUUCAGCCUGAGGCACCUAGCAUCCAGGUAUUGUAGCCAUAUUUAUAAUAGAGAAUUAAAGAAAUACAAGAGAAAAGCUAAAUUAUUCCUGAUGAUGCCAAAUAUGAAAGGAAACGACUCAAGCUUUUGAAAUUAGGGGAAAAGAAAUUUAAAAAGCUAAAUCAAAAGAGCAUUCUUAACAAAAGUUCGUCUGCUAAUGCAUUUAUGCAAAUCCCCGCUUCUAAAACAACGAAUACAUCUUUUAGGAAAGAGUCUGACCCAUCCCCUAACAAAGAAGAGAAAGUCUACAAAAAGAAUGGUGAAACUUUACUGCCUUCUAUUAAGUAAUCUGUAAAUAUGACUGAUAGAGAUAAGGCUUUGCAUAUUCUUAAUAAAAUUAAGAGAAAGUAGAGAUUAUCAUUAGGCGAUUUUAAAGACAUCAAGAAACCGGAUUUCGGCUCAUUUUAGUCCCUGCUCAGCAAGUAUAAACCAGAUGAAAAAAAGACACUGAUGUUUCUUAAGACCCCUAGAAUAUAACCAGCAAAUAAUAAUGCUGAUUUAUAGUUAUGA